AUGUCCAACAACGAAGAAAACCAUGAUUCGUCCGAAAUCAUCCCCGGCCACAAGCGCCCGCAUGUGAGCGCGUACAUGCAGAUGCCCGAGUUCACCGUUGGAGACAGCGUCUAUUACCUCCGAAGUGACGGGUCUCGCGAUGGGCCUUUCCUUGUAGCAACACCACCAGUAGGCAGAAAGUGUGCUCUCUGUUACAGUGAUGGAAGGCCCUUCCAAAACAAUGCGAUGAUAAGCGUUGACGAACUGGAAGCCAAUUAG